AUGCAUUUGCCUCGCCCCUGGCCUGUAUUGAAGGGUCUCUUGAUUACAAUUCUCUUAUCGGAGUCAGUGCUUGCGAUCGAUUUGGACAUCAGUGAUGAACAAUCUAUUAAAGAUGCCGCGAGUACUUCAGCCUACGCUAUGAUGACUUACUACAAAGGGAACGAGACCGGCCAUAUUCCUGGAGCUUUCGCAAGCAAAUGGUGGGAGGGUGCAGCGCUAUUCUUAGCACUUCUUCAAUACUGGCACUUUACGGGAGACACAACCUAUAAUGAUAAUCUCCGUGUUGGAUUGGAAUGGCAAGCUGGUGACGAUGAUUAUAUGCCGACGAAUUACAGUUCCUACCUUGGAAAUGAUGAUCAGAUGUUCUGGGGCCUGGCCGCCAUGACUGCCGCGGAGCUGAAAUUCGCCGAUGCUACAGAUAUUGGAGAUGGUCACUCAUGGCUCUCCCUUGCACAGGGUGUCUUCAACAGCCAGAUCGAUCGAUGGGACACAUCUACCUGCUCGGGUGGACUGCGGUGGCAAAUUUGGACCUACGAGUCUGGCUACUUGAUGAAAAAUUCCAUCUCCAAUGGUGGCUUAUUCCAGCUAGCAGCACGACUUGCACGAUACACCGAGACUGAGAAAUAUGCCACCUGGGCCCAAAAGAUUUGGGAUUGGUCUGUCUCCUCACCCCUUCUCAGUAACACAACCUGGAAUGUGGCCGAUUCAACAGACACCACAAAUGAUUGUACCACUCAAGGUAAUGAUCAAUGGUCCUAUAAUUAUGGUACAUACUUGAUGGGUGCUGCUUACAUGUAUAACUAUACAAAUGGUAGCUCCGUUUGGCUCGAAGCAGUCAAUGGUCUACUAAACAAAACCUUCGAUCACUUCCUCAAUGAUGAUAUCCUGGAAGAAAAGCUAUGUGAGCCAUCAGAGGCCUGCAAUGACAACGAGAUUCUGUUCAAAGGACUGGUUUCCUCUUGGCUAUCAUUCACGGCUCUUUUGGUUCCAUCAACCUAUGAUACUAUUUUGCCGGUCCUCCAAACUUCUGCCCAGGGUGCAGCGAAAUCAUGCACAGGCCAUGACAAUAACACAUGUGGAGUGCGUUGGUACCUGUCGACAUAUGAUGGCUGGAUAGGAAUGGAGGAAGAAAUUAGUGCCACGAAUAUCUUUGUCGCGAACUUGAUUGCAUUUGACAGUUCGGCUCCAGUGACAGCAUCCACGGGUGGAAACAGUACGAGUGAUCCCACCGCGGGAGAGAACGAUACCACGACAUCCACCACUGAGUCCGUGAUUACGACGGGAGAUCGGGCAGGUGCUGGAAUAUUAACCGUGGUGUUUGUCGCGGCCUGGGUUGGCGCAAUGAGCUGGACAGUCUUAGGAUGA